GCGAGGUAGCAGCGAGGGGAAGAGGAGGAGGAGGAGGAGGCAGAGGAUGAACCGUUUCCUGCUGUAGUUAUAACACAGCAGAGGGAAAGAGAGGGGGGUUUGAAUCUGGAUCUGUUUUUGGGCUGUCGUCCUAUGAAUAAAUCCCCGGUUUACGGGGAUCGAGGUAAGAAGGAGACAAUGUUGGAUUUCGUGAUCCCACUGAGUGCCAGCGCCAGGCUGGAGAACCUCAUCCCUCACAUAGAGAGGCUGUUCAGGGUGAGGAUCAGCGCUGGGCCUGCGGCAGAGAGCAGCAGAUGGGUCCACAUAGACCGGGCAGCAGAGGCACAGGAGGGGCUCAGGAAAGCAAAGGAUUACAUAUUAUCCCUGUGCUCCCCAGAACAUAAGAAGUGUGAGAGCAUAACAUCAACUUUGCGGAAACAAUUAAUUGAGCUGAAGGAUACAAUUGAAUAUGAAAGCCAAGCUGUACUGGAAAUAAAAGAGAAGAGUGUAGAGAUAACAGGAGGACAGAUUAACGUAAUGACUGCCUGGUCAAUGUUUGAGAAGUUGAAUAUGGAGAACAGCUCCUCCAAAGAGCUCCUUCGUCUAGAGAUCGGUGACUGCAGCGCAGAUUCUGAGGACUGGACGAGCUCUGAAAGUGACUCAGAGCAACCCCCUAAUAAGAAGAAAGGGGCUGAGAUUGUGAGCAAACCACAUAGGCAGCUCUGCCGCUCUCCUUGCCUCGAACGGCCAGUUCUUUCCAAAUGCAGUGUCCUGCAGGACUUUCAGAGUGAGGACAGUAAAUCCAAACUUGAUGAUGGAUACAAGGCUGCUAGCUUAGAUAAAGAAUACCAGGCCAAAAUGGAGUUUGCCUUAAAACUAGGAUAUUCAGGAGAACAGAUUCAAACUGUGCUCAAUAAACUGGGGUCAGAUGCUCUUAUUAAUGACAUUUUAGCAGAGCUGGUCCGACUUGGGAACAAAAGUGAAUCUGAGCCACAGCCACCCAGUAUGGGUAGUACAGGUACCCUGGUGUCCAGGGGCCAAUGUGUGAAGGAGAUCACUAGCCCAGAGCUGUCUUUGGAAGAUGAAGUUGUGGAUGAUUCUGAUAAUUUGAGACCUAUAGUGAUCGAUGGAAGUAAUGUGGCCAUGAGCCAUGGAAACAAGGAAGUGUUCUCUUGCCUUGGGAUCCAGUUGGCUGCGGAAUAUUUCCUGGAAAAAGGACACAAAGACAUUACAGUGUUUGUUCCUGCGUGGAGGAAAGAACAGUCCAGGCCAGAUGCACCCAUUAAAGAUCAAGAACUAUUGCGCAAACUUGAGAAAGAGAAAAUUCUGGUCUUUACACCAUCCCGACGGGUGCAAGGGAGGAGAGUGGUGUGCUACGAUGAUCGAUUCAUAGUGAAGCUGGCCUUUGACUCAGAUGGCAUUAUUGUGUCAAAUGAUAACUACAGGGAUCUGCAGAAUGAGAAACCCGAGUGGAAGAAAUUUAUAGAGGAACGUCUUCUAAUGUAUUCCUUUGUGAAUGACAAGUUCAUGCCACCCGAUGAUCCCUUAGGACGUCAUGGUCCCAGUUUGGAUAAUUUCCUACGAAAGCGUCCUGUUAUUCCAGAGCACAAGAAACAGCCUUGUCCUUAUGGGAAGAAGUGCACUUAUGGACACAAGUGUAAAUAUUACCAUCCAGAACGUGUUAACCAGCCACAGAGAUCAGUGGCCGAUGAGCUUCGUGCCAGUGCUAAGUUGUCUGCUGUGAAAACUAUGAGUGAAGGAGCCCUGGCAAAAUGCGGCAUUGCAAUAUCGGGUGUGAAAGGAGAAGCUGUCUCUGAGAUCAAGCGUGUUGCACCAAAGCGCCAGUCUGACCCCAGCAUACGAUCUGUUGUUUGCGAGCCAGAGGAGAGGUUGACACCAGCUCGCAGACUUGAAACUAACUCUGUGCCUUCUUUGGUCACUGCAUCAAGUGUACCUGCGUUUCAGCCCAAUAAAAACCAUGCAGCCAGUGCCAUGAGUACCAGAUCUGCAAGCAGCCCAGUGCCAUGUUCCAAACAGUUCACUCACCAGAAAUCCUCACAAGAGCAUUUAUCCACAUUACAUUAUCCACCCAUCCUUGUAACCAACAGCCAUGGUAAUUCUGUGAGUUAUACAGAACAGUAUCCAAAAUAUGACUCUACUUUGGACACUGGCUAUUAUUCUAUGAUAAGUGACUUUUCAAAUUUAACUAUCAGCAGUAUGCGUAACCAUGACAGCUAUUAUGGAUUGGAAUCAGAUCAUGGAUUGUAUCCCAGAAACACUAGUCCUCAUUCAGAAACCUGCAUUACAAGUAAUGAUUCCUACUCUUCAUACAGUGACCUGGCAUACCUUGGCACUGUAGAGCCAGGUCCAGAAGAUAAUGUGAAAACCCAUCAGCCACAAUCACAAAACAGGCUCCAGCCUUUUGUUCACGGCUACCAUGAACCUAUAACAAGAGUGCAGAGCUAUGGACCAGAGGAGCCAAAACAGCCCCAGCGUAAACAGUCCAUCUCCCAUUUAGUUCCUCAUAUCCAGCAUUCUGCUGUUGGAGCUCGUUCCAGUUGUCCUGGGGACUACCCUGUUCCUCAAAACAUUCAUCCAACUGCUAAUAACCAGACAGGGAGGGCUCUGGUAAUGACUAGGCUGGACAGCAUUUCUGAUUCACGACUGUAUGAGAGUAAUCCAAUGAGGCAACGAAGACCUCCACUCUGCAGAGAGCAGCAUACUAGUUGGGAUCACCUGCCAUGUGCUACAGAUUCAUAUAGAUACCCUUCGUACCCUUUGACUAAUAAUCUCAUGCAGCCCAGUUAUGAACCUGGUAUGUUUAGAAGUAUGCCAGAAAAAAUUGAGCAGAUCUGGAGGUCGCCCUGGCAGGGGAUGCCCACUGAACAACAGGACCAUCUGGCAGUCCGGGAACAUCAGUACCAAACCUAUCGAAACCUCUGCAACAUCUUCCCAGCAGACAUAGUUCAUGCAGUAAUGGAAAAGAACCCCCAUGUGACUGACCCCCAAUAUCUUGCUGCAGAGAUUGUUGCCAAACAAUUACGUUCUGGACGGUGAAACACAAACUGGAAGAUUGAAAACCAAUUAUGUAUUGACAGGACGAAAAAGAAGUCUGUUUAGUGCACAACGUUUGUGAAAUACAACUUGCCUAAUGCAGUGGGUUUAAGAAUGUUAUAAAUAAUUUAAUGGCAUUUGAUUACCUGUUGGGAUUUAGGUAGCUUAGAAGAGGAAAUGAAUACCUUACUUUUUUUUAUAAAGCUAUAACCCAUCUACUUUUGACUUUUGUAAUUUCCCAAGUUACUAAAAUGUAUUUGAAUUUUUAUUUAUUCUUGAAGAGUUAUCUUUCCAAUGUAAAUUUCGAAAUGCCCCAUUAUGAAUUAUACAGCUUGGAAUUUUAAAAAAAAAUUCAAGUUACAAGAGGAAAUAAACGUAAUCUUAAAGAGACAAUGUUUGCAAAUGAUGCAGACAAGAACAUAAUAGUGUUAAAGACUGCAUAGAGCAAAUUAAAUCUAUAAAUAUUUGAACAUUGCAAAUGACUUGCAUGGAUUCAAAUGCUCAUACUUCAUGUAAGGUAUCUAUUUCCUGUUUCAGGCUGUCAGCCAAAAGAGCUUUCUUGGUGUAAGGCACUUCAGACCACUUCCUUUAAAUCAUCUUUUAAGGGUGGAAAAUAUGCAGCCAAAAAAACCUUUUUAAAGCAUUAUUACAUGCUGUCUUCAGGCUGCACUGAUGUGCCACAAUCUUUAAAAGCAAUGUAUCUUAUUGCUAAAAUUUGACGAGCUUGAUAUGUUUCAAGCUAGGUCUUGUUGAUUUUAAAAAAUGUUUUUCAUGAAAGUUGAGAGAGCCUUUAGGGGCCUUUUUUUCUUCAUGAGAAGGUCUGACACUGCCUAAAUGUUUCUUACUGUGAAACACAUGGAAUGUGAGGCUGCAGUCAGGGUUGUUUCUGUCAUUUUGCUAAUGGCUUGCGAAUGCUGUGUAGUUGUUUCUGUUUCCUACAAAGGCAGCACCAUCACUUUAGUUUAAAACUACCAGUUUGUUAUAAAGUUUUACUUCACAGUUCUGUCGGUGCACAUUUUUAAUGUUUCUAAAGUGUAAACCUUUUAAAAUUAAUGUGUACCCACUAAUAUAUAGAGUACCCUAACUUUCUUGUACCAUCGGCUUAAAAAAAAGGCCUUUCUGUAGCUAAUUAGUAGGCUAUAAUAAUCACCUUGCUCCACUGAUGGCUAGCAUAUUCAUCCACUGAGUAACUGAAUUCUGUAGACCAUGAGGAUUCAAAGUUCAGUCUCUCUGCUGAUUUUGCUGUUAACAACCAGGCUGAAAUUAGCCUCAGAGGUAGACAGGGGAUAAAUCAGCCAGGGUCCUUUGUCCUUAUUGUUAACCAGUGACCAACCCCCACCACCCCCCUGCUGGAAAGUGAACAUGUGUUGUUGGGUAAGGACAGUUGCCUAGAUGGCUAGAGUCUGGAGCAGAAUAAUGCCAACAGCGCAGGUUCAACCCCAUACCAGCUGUGGUGGUUCAUGGAGUUCAAGUGGCCCACAUUUGAUGUGGAGUGGUGUCCUUCAAGCUAUGUAACCAAUUAUUUCUCUCAUGGAGAGACAUGCCUUCAUGAAACAUAGAUAAUUACUUGCCUUACCUACCUUGGUAAGGACACAAUUAGUCUGAGCAUGGAUUUCUCCUGCAUUUGCAUAACUUCCCAACUUUCACCGUCACAGCCACUUCAGUGAGGUUACACAGAGCUGCUGCUGCCCAGGGAACCAUAUCCUAGCAAGAACACCUUCAGGAUCGUUGAUUAAAACAAAAACACAUCAUUUUGAUGCAUCUAAAACUAAUUUUGUAGCUUACAUUUUAAUACAGCAAACAGCAAUGCCUGGAAUGAUCAGAAAUGACCUUUGUUUGUUGAUACAAAUUGUAUCUCUUUUCUUGAUUGUAGAAAAUUAUUUAUUAAAUGUACAGUUAUCAUCGGUAGAAUAGCUUUAUCAAAUCUUGCCACAAUGUUUGUGACACUAUGUGUCACUGGGUGUAGCCCAUGGGUAUGUAUGAAUUUUUACUGGGCACAGUAGUUUGUAGACCUGAAUUUUUAAUUCAUGUUCUUCAGAUGUGCACACAUAUUGUGUACAGUACUAGCAUCAUUAUUUGUAAUGUAUUUAUUAGGAUUAAAAAAUAUUGUUUCCAAUAGUGGCUGAAAGUAAUUCAGGGUUCUCUUUUACACUAGGCUCUUUUAAUUGCAAAGCUAAAUAGCCAUAUUAUUUAUCCAUUGUACUUGUCAAAACUGUUUUUACUUCAACCACACCAGCAUUUUGUAAACUUCAGCUUCAUUUAAAUAUACCUACUCUAAUCAUUUCUGCUCACAAUGUAAGAUUUUACAUCCAUAUUAUCCAGUAUUUAUCUCAUAUUUUCCCCUUUUACGGAUUGAUAGCCCAACAGAUCUCUCAUAUAAGGACUAUCAGUGCCACUGAUCUCUUCCUUAUUGUCAGUGGCAUUCUGUCCCCCAGUGCAAGAGGAUCAAAAUGAGCGAGGCAACUAAUUUCAUAGAAUUUCUGAGGGCAUGAGUAAGCUAUUGAAAACAAUUGCACUUAUGCCAGUACAUUUUAAUUUUUUGUGCUAUGUUUCCUGUGUGAUAUUUAAUUUAUCACCUCAAAUCACUCCUGCAAUUGUCACCACCAGUGGUAGAUCUGUAACUAAUGGCUCUUCAAUGUAGCUCAAAAUGCUUUCUUAAUACUCCCUUAUCUUGCAAGUGCAGAAUCUAUUACAGUAUUUCUGGGUGUUUUUCACAAUUCAAUGAGGAAAGUAUGAAAUUUCACACACUGUUACACUGAAUAAAAUCGGCAGCUUUUCACUAUCCUAAGAUGGAACAUUGUGUUCUAUCAGAAACUCAACUGUGAAAUUCUGAAAUUAAAACCAAUAUUGAACAGGUAACAAGUACAGGACUGGGACUCUCGCUACCUCCUCAUUGGGAAGCAGGUAGUUAGCAUCUAUGAGAAAAUGUGGAAUGUGACUCUAGUUUUAUUUGAAAACAUUUCUUUGGUUGUUUGCAAUUUUCGAAAGCAUUACGAUUCUUGUCUGUUUCUUGUAUGUAUAAUACACGUUACUUUCCUGAUGUCAGCCCAGCCUCUAUUUGACUAAGUUUUGUGCAGUUGGAUUGGGUCACUGACUCACUCAGUAAUAGAAAUGAAGUAUAAACUUAUUUAAUGGAAGCAAUAUUUUUUAACCUUACUGCCUGCAUAACCCCAGUUCUUAUAAUGAUGUAGGGGCCCCUCUCCUCUGUAAAGAAAAUCUUUGAAAAGUGUUUCUUUAAAAGAAAUGUGGCUAAGUUUAAGCUACAGCCUCUCGUUUUGGUUGGUUGACUUGAGCAGAAUAUCAGACUACAAAUGUGUUGCCUCUUCAAACUGUUUUUAGAAUGACUGUUAAAGAUUUUCAGUUUUUAAAAAUUAAUUUGGAAAUAAUUAGUCUAGGCUCUCAAAUAUUACUACACAAAAAGAGCCCUGUAUGAAACUAAUUAUAAGAAGUUCUGUAUAGGUUUGAAACUGGUGAAGGCUAACAAAUGGGAUGCUGCAGCUUUAAGCAACAUUAUUGAUAUUCAGGAUGUGAUUUUCUUCUCUUAGAUUUACAUAGAGCAUUUUGCAUCCCCAACUGCCUGCCCUGUUCUUUGCAAUGGUUCAGCAAUCCAGCAAAUGGGCAAUCAUUAGAUUUUCCUAAACAAUUUGGGAAUAGUUAUCUUUUGCAUAAGGAAUGUAGGGUCUCUUCAACCAGUUGCAAGAAUGACGGUAAUCUGUGCAAUGAGCUAAACCAAAAUCUGCAUUAUUUGAGAAAGACCAAUAAAAUGUUUUGAGUGACGUCAGUGAGACCCUUUUGGUUACUGCUUUUGUUGGCUGUAUCUACAAUCGUGUCUAUUAAUGGGAGAAUAAACUCUAUGACUUCUAUUUUCCCCCUGUGAAAAAAACUUGUAAAAAUUAUUUGGCUUGAUUAAUUGCUUUCUCUUUGCUACAUAUCUGGAGUUUGUACACAUCCCCAGAUAUAAUCUAAAAAAUGUACCAUAUUCAGUGAAACUUGUUUGAAGAGAUCAUACAGUUUGUUGUAGAGUAGAUAUAAUGUGCUUAGCUAGUGUACAGAUAGCUUAAUAUUGUGUGAAAAUAUAAAUAGCAUAUAAAUAUAUAUAAAUAUAUAUAUAUUUUAUUAGAUUGGUCCAGUUGUUUUAUUGAUCUAAUUUUUGUUCUGUUCCUUACAUAAUGAACAUGUUGGCUUUUAUCUGUAGUAAAACAAAAAACUCUUUGGGUUUGUAGUCCCAAACAAAAUGUAAGUCUUAAUGACAAAAUGUGUCUCUGUCACUUUGAGAAUUUAAAAAAGGCAAAUGUGUUUUUAAGCACGCUAUAUAAUCAGUACCUUUUAAUGUGUAACAAACAUGGAUAAUGUGUGAUAAAUUGUGCCAAGUGCUGGAUGGUUUAAUUAUGCUUUUAAUUUUGAACACAGCUAACUCUAGCUGAUAUUUUAAUUGUAUUAAUAAAUAUAACAAAGCUGCUAUGACUUUAAAUCAUUUUCACAUUGUUGCAACACAAUUCUUAUGUGCUUGGUUUUAGUUGAUGUUGAAACAGCUUUUGUACAAUGUAAAUUGAUUUAAAAUGGGUGCAUUCAUAAGAUAAAUCACUACAGUGUAUGUACACAAAUACUGCACAUCAGCAGCUACUAUUUCAGUGUUUAUCUAGUGGCUAGUUCUAAAUGAAACCAUGCUGUCAAUACUUAUGAGUACAUUGAUACCAAUCUGCUAUAGCUAAAAUUGUCUUUUAUCAACUAUGCUAUAAUAUUGUGCAAUACCCUUCUUGUGAUACACUCCAUCUCAACCAACAACAAUGCUAGACCAGUAUAGCUCAAAAUGCUGUGUACAGACACAACCCAUUUUUAAAAGGACAAGCUCCAAUAGUAAUUUAUGGUGUUUUCCAUACUUGUAGAAAAAGCAAACAUUUUUCACAGCCACCACUACAAUUUAAGCAAGUCCUGGGGAAAGCACUGCAAGAUCGGCUAUCUCUUCAACAUUAACAUUUUUGCGUGAUAUAUGCGUGGCGUUGCAAAUGUCAUCUUAACAUUAAAGUGGCCUUUAAAACCUAUUUUUCAUAAAAACAUUGAUUUUGCAGUGUUGCCUUCAUUGGAUCUGUACAAUAGAAGUGAACAGAGAGAUUUUACUUUGAAAGUGGUAUGAAUAUGAAGUGUAUAUUCAGGUAAUUAAUAUUCAGUUUUUUGAUGAGUGCACUCUAGGAGUAGCAGGGUAAUGAAAUUGAUUUAUGUGCCUUUUCAAACAGGAUUAUGGACACAACUUCAAAUGGGUUGGUAUUUCUGUGCUUUGGAAUGUGUUCCAUAUGAGAUGUGCAAUUUAAGAAUGUUUUAAACUUAAGUGUUUAACGUUUGCAUGAAGUAAAGGUUAUAACUACCAAAAAAAUCUGCCCUAUUCAAAUGUUCAUGUUUAUUAUUAGUGCCAAAUGUAACCAAUUUGUAGUAAAAGAAUUUAAAAAUAAUUUACUACACAAUUUAUGUUACAUGUAUUCAAUAAAAGUUACUUUCCAGAAA